GGAUCUGGAGAGGGUAUCCCUGAUCUACAGCCUGGAGUACUGGCCAGCCAAGCCAUGAUAGAGAAGACUCUUACAGAGGACCCCCGGUGGCAGGACACCAAUUUUGUUUUAGCGAACUACAAAACAGAGCAGUGCACCAAGCCUCCACGACUAUGCAGACAGGGCUAUGCCUGCCCUCACUACCACAAUAGUAGAGACAGAAGACGAAAUCCACGCAAGUUCAAAUACAGGUCAACUCCGUGUCCUAAUGUGAAACAUGGGGAUGAGUGGGGAGAGCCAUCGAAGUGUGACAGCGGAGACAGCUGUCAAUACUGUCACUCACGCACUGAACAGCAGUUCCACCCAGAGAUCUACAAAUCCACCAAAUGCAAUGACAUGAGGCAAACUGGUUAUUGUCCUAGAGGGCCCUUCUGUGCGUUUGCGCAUGUAGAAAGAAUUCCAUCCACGGAAGAGACCAUGAACUCGUUGCUAACAGCGAUGCAGUCUGGCUCCCAGGCCAAGCUGGGCUCUCAGCAGUAUUCAGAGUGUCCGGUCAGCGAGUGGGGCAGCAGUGCACACUCCAUCAGCAGCAUCAACAACGGCCAAGUGGGGAAUGUUUCAUAUUCUAAUAGUCCGGCUGUAACGCCAUGCUCAGGAAGCAACAGUUCAUUGUCCCCAAUCGGACCCAUCGGCAGGUCCAAAUGCUUAACUAAUGGUAGCUUAUGUUCAGAGUCCACCACCAGGCUCUUGGUGCAGUGCUCUCUGCCAAACACCUGCCUGCUGCUGCCCACCAGUGUACUGGGCCCCGCCCCCAGUCAAUGA